UACUUAUCUUUAGCAUCUAGACCUUUGUCAAAUGAAAUCAUUACAGACAUCUCAGAUAAGAUUUCCUUUCUUUUUUACUUUUUUUUAAAAUUAGUUUUAUUUUCAAUUGAAGCAGUGUUGAUUUACAGCACAGUGUAUGAUUUGAGGGUGUAGGUUCAUACCCCUUCAGAUGUUUGUAACAUACCAAAUUUCCUUUUGGUUAGUAGCCCUGUGCUCUGUGACUUUGACUGCAAUAGUUGAAAACAUGGGGAGUUUCAAAGGUCAUGCCCUACCUGGAACCUUCUUCUUUGUCAUGGGUAUUUGGUGGAGCAUAAAGAGCAUUCUGAAAUAUGCCUGCAAAAAGUACAAGCGGACUUCCUACCUUGGCUCCAAAGCAUUAUUCCAGCGAAUAGAAAUUAUAGAGGGAAUCGUAGAAAUUUUCAUGGCUGUAACUGGUAUGCUUGGAGAACAGUUUAUUUCUGGAGGGCCUCAUCUAACCUUAUAUGACUACAAAGAGGGCCAGUGGGUUCAACUCCUGGGCUGGCAUCAUUCCACCAUGUAUUUCUUCUUUGGGCUGCUGGGUGUGGCAAACAUCUUAUGUUUCACCAUCAGUGCACUUCCUAGCUCCUUAGUCAAGUUAACAUUGUCAAAUGCCUUAUUUGUGGAGGCCUUUAUCUUCUACAACCACACUCAUGGCCGGGAAAUGCUGGACAUCUUUGUGCACCAGCUGCUGGUCUUGGUCAUCUUUUUGACAGCACUAGUUGCUUUCAUGGAGUUCUUGAUACGGAACAAUGUAAUUCUAGAGCUUCUGCGAUCAACCCUGAUUCUGCUUCAGGGGAGCUGGUUCUGGCAGAUUGGUUUUGUACUUUAUCCCCCCAAUGGAGGUCCUGCAUGGGAUCCAACAGAUCAUGAUAACAUUAUGUUUCUUACCAUAUGCUUCUGUUGGCAUUAUGCAUUAUCCCUUAUCAUCGUAGGAGUGAAUUAUGCCUUUGUUACCUGGUUGGUUAAAACUCGACUUAAGAGAUUCUGCCCCUCGGAAGUUGGACUCUUGAAAAAUGUAGAACGAGAACAAGAAUCAGAAGAAGAGAUGUGAUUCUGAUGGGCAUCUAGGCUAUCUAAAUGAACUGUUCCUUUUUUGCAUUGUUUUUGUUUAUGGUUUUCUUUUUGACCUUUUGUUUGGAGAACAAUUGGCUGAGGAUACUCUUGGUGUCCUACCUGUAUUCCCAAUUUUGUUAAAGUAUUUGUACUUAAAUGUUUUAUUUUUAGGUUUGAAAAUACUUGAUAAGUUGAUUUUGCACAUCAGUCUUGGUAUUUGGGGUCUGGAGUGACUUUUCUCAGAUCAUCUAAAGUCUGAUGCUUAAACUAUGAAAAGUAUUUGUUUUAUUUGCCUAUCAUAUGUUCAAGGUUCCUGGGCUUACUACCAUCUGUAACUCUUUUAACAUGGAAAUAUGCCUAUUGAUCUUGUUGCUUCAGUGAGAAAUAAAUGAAUGCAUGGACCUUGGUUCGACUUCUCCAGUCUUUGUGCUUAUUCAACUGCAUCCCACCCUUAAAUCAUAAAGAAGGAGCGCUGUGACUCUGAAAUUCCCUUUGUUUUUCUGGUGAGACAUUGCUUUCUGUGGCAUCUAAGGCACCAGGAAAAGUAAGCCAGAAGUUGCCCUGAGUUGUGCACUAUUUCAGAAAAGAAAAAAGGGAUGAUCCCUAGAACACAUGAUGGAAAAGCCGUGAGAGAUUGCAAAGGAGAAUUGUGAUGUUAUCCAGAGUAAAAAGUCAUCACACAAGGACAGCAUGGCCACUAUGCCAUCCCCUUGCUGAAAUAGUUGAGGCAUCAAAACAAGAAAAAGACUUUUAUGGAAGACCUAGUUAAGAAGUCAGAGCCUUACUUAGUCUGUGGGUCAAGUAAUCCACUAAGUGAACCACUGGACAAUCAAGAAAUCUUGGUAUUAAUUGGUACUAAUUAGUAAUUGGUACUUAUUCUUGUUCUACCGUUAACCAAUCUUUCUAGCAAUCACCAUGUCCUUUCCUCUAAAGUGAGGAAAUUGGAUUGGAUGAAUCAUGGCCCUUUCUGGCUGUCUUGGUUUAUGCAUAUAAUUUUGGGGACAAAACUGAAGUGUGUGGACGACUAAUUUUGUACAAUGUUAGUAGGAAAGGCAGUUACAGAAAAGGCCAGGAGGGCCGCACACAUCCUUGAGGAUGACUUGAAUGUGGAGGAAAGAGGGCAACCUCUUGGGCAGCUGGAGGUUAAAUAGCAUCAACCCCGAAGGCUCCCUUGCAUUCCAGAAGUAUUGACCAACCCACAAGUAUGGCCCUGUCUAUAUUACCAGUGAUGGGUAUUAUAGGGAGGUGAAGAGUCCCUUUAGGCCAGAGAAUUGAGCUUAAUUUUUUAAUGUAAGGAUUGGAAAGAACUGAUGUGGAAGCUUAAAAGUUUAUCUUGAAUAAAGCAGUAAACCUCCAUGCAUUUCUGGUGUAUAAAAUGGUCAUACAUCUUGGUCCCUUGGUCAUGGCAUUCUGCCUCACAUGUGUCCUAUACCUCAGGGAUCUUUUCUAGUCCAGCAAAUUUCUAUGACUGGCAACUUUGUGUAUCAAAAAAAUGACUUAUCAGCUGCAGUUACAUGA